CUAUUAAGCGAUGUUGUAUACAAAUAUUAUUAUUAUCAUAGCGGUUGAUAUGAAUUUUCACAGUUUAUAUAUCAAUAUGUGAGGCUAGGUUUUGUUGUUGUUGGUAUAAGACUUUAAGGUUUAGAAAUGCUCAGUAUACAACAGAACGCGUCACAGCAUGCAAACUGGGUCAUACUUAUCAGGUAUUUUUAGUAACAAGUAGUAUACGUAAAUGACACAGUUUCAUAAAGUAAACUCGUUGUAUUUUUACUACGAUGUUGUCUUUGGAAUGUAUGGAGUAGCAUGUUAUGUAGAUGAGUAGCACUUCGGAAGUCGUUACAAACCCACAUGAUGAGGGCCGUGUUGACAUGGAUGAUAAUGACUGUGACCUCCGAAUGGUGUGUCCAUGGAUUCCCAUAUUACCAGACACUUAUCCCAAAUGGAGGCAACAUCAGUGAUCCUUGUGACGGAGUGACCAUUUGGCAGGGCGUGGGCCAUCAGGCUAUGGGCGGGGAUGGACCAAGAAAUCCUUUCGGACUCGACUUUCAUAGUAAUGAAAAGAUAUGGAACCGUACGUUUUGUGAAAUGGACUCAGAUGGAGACGGGUUCUCAAAUGGGGCGGAGCUUGGUGACCCAAAAUGUGUAUGGAUCCCCGGGUCAGAACCAGACGGCACGCCCACUGGACAUCCGGGGAUAUGUGAACCUUUGAGGGACUCUAAGUGUUUAUCGAUAAACAAAUGGUAUACGUGUGAAAAACGUGAUCUCGAGUGUGAUGCCAUCAAUAGUCCAGAUGUCCAGGAGUUUGAAAUAAAGUUGCCAAAAACGAAGGUACCCGUCAGGGCUACGACAUUCACGUGCACGAAUUUUGCAUUCCCCUCCGACAAGGACUACCAUAUCAUUGCAGAUAGAAGUAGCAUCGACAAUCAUAACGUCAUGCAUCACAUCAUCAUCUAUGGAUGUCCAAACGAAGUUGAAAAUUUGAUUCACCCGUUGAAUACACAGUACGAUUGUCUUGGAGAGAUGGGGGAACAGGAAUGUGUAGAACAAAUAUCUAUGUGGACCAUUGGUAAACCUGGUUUGUGUCUUUACGAGAAGGCUGGCUUCAAGAUAGGAGCUACCGGUUACAAGUAUGCUACUAUGCAGGUUCAUUGGAACAAUCCAGGAUUGAAAGACAGCUACGAGGACAGUUCUGGAAUGAUACUGUACUAUACACCUCUACUUAGGCAAUACAAUCUUGGAAGCCUUUUGACGGGCGAAAAAAGGUUCAGUAUCCCUCCUGGAAACUCUAGCUACGUUGUAAAUUCUGAGUGUACUCCCGUUUGUUCAGCUAAAAUCAUGAACAGUCCCAUCUACGUCGUCAGUGGAUUUAACCACAUGCACAAAUUAGGCAGAGCGAUGACGCUGUCUCAAAGGUCACCCGGCCUUGAAGAACGCAUCUUGACGCAUGAUUCCCAUUACAGUUUUGGCAACCCCGUCGUUCACGCCUUCGACCCUCCAAUAGAAAUCAAGCCUGGAGACGAACUGAGAACGAAAUGUACGUUCGAUUCAUCUCGCAAAAGUACUGUUACUUAUCAAGGUGAUGGUGCUUUGGAUGAGAUGUGCAACAGUUUCGUGAUCUAUUACCCAAAAGAAUCUCUCUGGAUAUCCGAGUGUAUGUCAUACCAGGGACUGCCUAUGUGUUCCCUAAGGGAUCUUGCUGCUUUUAUAGAUAAACGACUAAAUGAAGAAUGAUUCACUCUGAAUGAAUCAAACUGUGCUUUCACCUCCUGUUUAAGAAGGGUUGUUACAUUGUAUUUGUUGAUUUUUUUUUAUUCAUAAAUGUUCAAUGUUUAAUAUUUGUGUUUUUUUCAAAAUUUGUAUGUGGGUAAAUACGAAUACAGUGUAUGAAUUAAAAUUGUGCGAACUUGA